AUGAAGCUGGCUACCGUGAGGCCUCUGGCGCUGCGACUGCAAAGAAUCUCUGCGAGGGCACGCUCUUCGUUUGGUCCAGCCAAUGUGGGCAGCAAUCUGGCUAACCUGGACGUUCUGGGCUCUUCUGCGGUCCCCGCGAACAACAUCGAGAUGAUCUCUAAGGAUUCGAUCAUUUUCUCCAACAUGAAGGUUGUGCGAUCGCCCAACCAGCAGGGUGCUCUUGUUGCUGCCCUGUUGCUGGAUAACCAGAUAUUCGAGCUCAACACGAAUUCCAUCAGCAAAAAAGGCCCAUUGGAUCUGACUACCACGGAGCUUUUCCCAUUGCUGGAGGCGCUCUACCCAAAACCCGAGCUGUUUGUGCUGGGUCUAGGGGGCAGCAGCCGGAUGCUGGGCCCCGACACGAAAAAACGGUUUGCCGAGCUGGGGAUAAUGCUGGAAAUGGGCGACACAAAGAGCGCGGUGCUCAGCUACGAUCUUCUGGCUACAGAACGUUCUCCAAAACAGGAAUUGCGUGCUGAACACAUAGGAGUAAGCAGCAAGGGUAAGGACGCUCAGGGUGUUGAACACGAGGCUGAUUCCGUGGUACUUGCCGAACUGUUUGGUCAGAGCAGCGAUUUUGUCGUUUGUCUCGGGAGUUCUCUCACUCUCCGGCAGGUCCUCGAGCGCAAACCGUUCCGUUUUCAGCCUAUUGCACACCGGCAACAGCCAGAAGUAAUUGGUGAGGCCGGAGAGCGAAGAGGCGGCCAGCAAGGCAAUUCCGACGGUUGGAAUUGCGUAUGGGGCAGAGAGACCGACCACGACGGGCCCGAUCGACUGGGUCAGGAAAUGGAUGGGGAACAGCUUGGAUUGUAG